GCCGCGUUGGUUCGCGCCGUGGAACGCCGAGUAACCACCUUUGUGCGGCGGGCGCGGAGCCGCGGAGUUCGCCCGUCCCCGCCCCAGGUGGGUCGCCGUCCGCGUCCCGCCCAUGCUACGGUCCCCAGCCAUGGCCCUCGCCAUCCGCGUCGUUUAUUGUGGCGCUUGAGGGUACAAGUCCAAGUAUCUUCAGCUCAAGAAGAAGUUAGAAGAUGAGUUCCCCGGAUGCCUGGACAUCUGCGGCGAGGGGACUCCCCAGGCCACCGGCUUCUUUGAAGUGAUGGUAGCCGGGAAGUUGGUUCACUCCAAGAAGAGAGGUGAUGGCUACGUGGACACAGAGAGCAAGUUUCUGAAGCUGGUGGCCGCCAUCAAGGCCGCCUUGGCUCAGGGCUAAUGUGCCCUGAAGGCAGAGGUCUGAAAUGGAGGACUCCCCAAAUUAACACAGAGAAAGUCAAGAAUUACAUAAUUCCAAAGCGGCUUGAGCGGACUCAGUUAUGUGCCUCGGCUGUGAGGAAGGGGGCAGGGCUUGCAAGUCUUAAAACCCGAAAUAGAGCACAUCCCUGGCAUAAACACCAGUAGUGGCUUCUUAGCUGCUUCUCGAAGCUCUCGGUAACUCACAGGGGGCUACUUACAUCAGCAGGAGGUUGCCUGGGGUUCCGAGAGGGGUCCCAUCAGUGGAUGCUUUCAUCCCGCAUAAGCAAAAAUGGGAUUUAUGUAAGGGAAAGGAGGGAGUGGGGGCUCUUGUUGGCCUCUUUUGUGGGUGCAAUUCCCAGGGGUCCCUAAGACCAUCCCCGGGUUCAGGGAUUCGCUAGAAGGACUUCCAGAAAUCAGCAAAGUUACACGCGUGGUUACAGAUGAUGAUAGCGACAGGAUAGCCGUGAAAGUCAGCGAAGGGGAGAGGCGAUGGGGCAGGACCAGGAUACCUCAUUGUCCCCGCGGUCUUUCCGGGGCUCGCGGAUGGCGUGGGCUGUCACCGGCAUCACGGAAACCCAUUUCAGCGGACGGCUUGUCCGGAGAGCAAGUGUUCCCGUGGGGCACAGGUGACAGGUGUCCUGUCGUCUCUGCUAGUGGCUGUCCAGCAACCCACCCCCCCCCGCCCCCCAGCUUUAUUGAGAACUAAGUCUUGACCCACUUUGCCUGUUGGAUUACAACUUUUCCCUCCUGGGCAUCCAGUUGUCCUUGUGCCUCAGUUUCUCCCUGGGACUGCAUUUUGCCCAUCACUUGUCUCUCUUUGUCAUGGGGUCCCCACUGGUCUCAUCCCCUGCAAGCUGACUCCUCUCCACCUCUUCUCUGCACAGUCCAGUGACCUUGGCCCAGCCCCUCGUGGCAGACGCUUCAUGACGGGAAGGACUGAAAUGUCUCAU